CACAAGCGCGGCUCCGGUGCGCGGCUGAAGGCGAGCGAAGAAGAACUCGCCAGAAACGGCAGAACGCAAACGGCGCCAUCUUGAAAGAAACAAUUCGUAUUCCUCUACGCCUUCUAACUCCGUUUUGUCGCCAUGUUGUACCUGGAGGAUUAUCUAGAGAUGAUCGAGCAGCUUCCCAUGGACCUCCGCGACAGGUUUACGGAAAUGAGAGAGAUGGACCUGCAAGUCCAAAACGCCACCGAUCAGCUGGAGCAGAAGGUGAUGGACUUCUUUGUUAACGCCAAGAAGAACAAACCCGAGUGGCGAGAGGAGCAGAUGGAGGUCAUUAAGAAGGAUUAUUACAAAGCGCUGGAGGACGCGGACGAGAAAGUCCAACUGGCCAAUCAGAUUUACGAUCUGGUGGACCGGCACUUGCGUAAACUGGACCAGGAGCUGGCCAAGUUCAAGAUGGAGCUGGAGGCCGACAACGCCGGGAUCACCGAGAUCCUGGAGAGACGCUCUCUGGAGAUGGACAGCCCGUCUCAGCCCGUCAACAACCACCACGUCCACUCUCACGCCGCCGCCGCCGCCGAGAAGCGGAAGUACAGCGCUUCCACGCACCACACGACGGAGCACGUCCCGGAGAAGAAGUUCAAGUCUGAAGUUUUGCUGUCCACGCUGAUAUCGGACGCCUGCAAGGAGAACACGCCGGGUACCGACGUGCCAACGGACACGACCACACAAAAAGCAACACCCCCGCCGAUGCGCGCGGUCGCGGCGACACAUAGGCCGAGGCACACGCCGUACGGUCACGCCGACGCACGAGGUUGCCGUAGCAACAGCACCGCCUCGUCCGCCGCCAACAACAUCUACGCCGUCAACUCUUCGCAAGCCGUCGCCUCCUACAGCCUGAGCGCGCUGCCCGCGGGCCCCGCCGCCGGAGCCGGCGCCAUCAGCAUGGCCGCCGCGCAGGCCGUGCAGGCCACCGCGCAGAUGAAGGAGGGCCGACGGACGUCCAGUCUGAAGGCGAGCUACGAGGCCAUCAAGAAUAACGACUUCCAGCUGACGCGAGACUUCUCGCUGUCCCGCGAGGCGUCGCCGUACCCGUCUUCCGCGCUGGCGUCCACGCUCACGCAGACGCCGGCCGCCGCCGCCGCCCUCAGCUCGGACUCUCGAGGCCGCAAGUCCAAAAGCGGCGUGAAGUCUUCCAACCACCAGUCGUCUUCGUCGUCGUCGUCGUCGUCGCUGUCGUCGUGCUCGUCGGCGUCGGCGUCGGCGUUGGCUCAGGAGCUUUCCCAGCAGGCGUCGUCGCUGCCCGAGGCCGAGGCCGGCGGCCAAGUGGACUGGACCUACGACCCCAACGAGCCGCGCUACUGCAUCUGCAACCAGGUGUCGUACGGGGAGAUGGUGGGUUGCGACAACACGGACUCGUCUCGCGGGACGGCCGGCGAGGGGCGGCGAGCCGUGCUGGUGAUCGGCCGCCGGGAGCCGAGCGACGGCGAGGCGCAGCUGUACCGACGACUUCUGACUCGCUUUCGCUUCCGCGCGCAAACCAGCGCGCUCGCCGAUUCCAUGCAGCGGCACGGAGAAGGCAGAUGGAGCCUACUGGUGUGCGUGAGCUCGGAGGAGAGAAAUUGUCUGAGGAAGAUGGCCACCUCGCAGUUGGGCCCGCGCCAGAGGGUCAACCUGCUGCCUGGCCUGGUGGAGGCGCUGUCUGCUGUGCUCACAGAAGGAUUUCCUAUCACGCCUCCCGCCGAUCCCGGCCGACGCUCCGCCGCUGACAGCGUGAAAGCCGCGCCGGUCGCCGCCGCGGUGAGCGUUUUCGUGCUGGUGACGUCGCUGAGGCCGCUGAGCUGCUUCCUGCGCGACGUCGCCGUGGUGACCGCCGAUCGGACGUCCAGGCCCGCGCAGCUGGGAGACUUCCUGCUUCCCGAGGCUUUGGAACAGGUCAAGAGGGUCGUAGGUCACGUGCUGGGGGCCGCCGUGGCGUCAGACCGCAACAGGGGUUGUCUCUUGCGGUUGAGCGACGAGCAGUUUGCCAGGCGUGUGACUCGCGACGUCAUCCUGGAGGACACGCUGGACUUCCUGUCGUCCUCGGAGGCGGCCGCCGCCGCCGACGCUCAGGUGAGAUCGAGGAUGGGAAGUUUGCCCCCGUGUCAGCGAGACAUCUUCGGAGGCGAGCGGCGUCCGGCUGUCGGAGGGAAAUUUUCGACUUCUGCAAAACUUUUACCGACACGUGAUGGCGCCGUCGCCGUUCCAGCUGGUGUGUCCCAGUCCGUCCUGGUCGUGCGGGUCCGUCUCCGACCUUUCCGACGUCCUUCUGGCCGUCGUCCGCCAUUCCGAGAACAGCAGGGCCGACCGAGCGGACGCGCCGGCGGCCGAUCGGAGCGCAGGGUGUCGGCGGUCCCCGUGGGCCUCGGCCGGAGCAGCGUCGACAUUCUGCUCACGGACGCGGCCGCCGCCGCGCACGCUGGCCGUCUACACUGUCCACUUGCGGCGCGAGGCCCCGCCCAGCCUUCCCAUGUUUGGCGACCACGUGACCUGCGGCUUCCUGCAAGACUGCGGCCCGGUGGUGGUCCCCGGUCUCCCCUGCGGCCUGCAGUCUUUUUCCAGGUCUCCCCAUCCCCUCGGGGCGUGCACGUCGGGCCACGCUCCAGGUCGCUGGCCUGGUGCCCUGUCUCAGCUGCGCGGACAACAGGACGUGCGAUCGGCGGGAGGUCGCCUGCCGCCACCCGCCGGUGGCACGGCCGGCAAAAAGGCGUUGUUCCUGGGGGACUCGACCAAUCGCGGCAUGAUGUACUUCCUGCUGGAGCGCCUCAACAGCGGCCUGGCGGCGCGGCACAAGGCGCACGACGCGCUGGCCCACGACAACGUGAACGGGGGCCGCACGUGGGCGGCCUAAUCGUAUUACCCGCAGUUCUGGCUGGAGCAGCGGCGCUGACCGGACUGCUGCGCAGGCGGCGCCCUCUGGCCAACUCUGAGCGGACGGUGUCGGUGGUGGGAGGAGUCCAGCGGCUGACGGCCAAUCACCUGCAGACGCUGCGGGAGGUUCCGGACAGGGAGUCUCUGGCCGGUGUCCGGGUCGUCCUCAAGUCUUUGGGGAUGGGCUUCCACGUACCCGCGGACGGGGUCCGAUCCCUGACGCCGGAGGCGAUCCGAAAGCUGUCGCGCCAGAACGCCGACAUCAUCGCCGCCGCGGAGCGUCACGGCUACGAGGUGGUGGACACGCUGGCCGUCACCGUGGGCCGCUACAAGGACUUUCUACAGGGGCGAUGCGCGUGCCACUUCCACGAGGUGGAGAAGUCGCCGCCCGGUCCGAGCGGCCCGCACCUUCCGUCCUAUCACGUGAGAGGACCCGUCAACGAGUUCUACUCCGAGAUCCUGCUCAGUCGCUUGUGUUCCAGCGCGGAGGCGCGCAGAGACUGACUGGACCGACACCAAGUUUCUUCCUGUGCCACUGUGUGCUGGUCGUUUCCAAAAGUGAACAUGAGAAGAAUGUUUGCCUUGUGUUGCGCGUGCUUUGUUCUGAUUUUGUCCGAGCAAUUUGUAUGUCACGUGACCU